AUGCAGUGCACUCAUUGCAUUCAAGCGAUGCUGCAAGAUCCGGACCUUGCACCUGGUACAAGCAUCAAGCAGUGGAUACUAGGAAUCCUGAUGUUUCAUUUCAACUUUGUACAUGGGCUUGUGCUGGUGAUGAGCCAGCCAAGGACAGCAACAAGUUCAAGGAUUGGUUUGAUGUCCAUGGGUUCAUUCACGACAGCACAAGUGGUCCCAAGUUGCAUGCACACUAUGGCUUCUGGCCUGGCUGCUCCCUCUGCUUUGCAGUUACCAGCUACCACUCUGUACUCCCCUUGGACAUCACAGAAGCAACUCACCUGCUUCCCCAACCAGAUCUUGGACCCGUAG